ACUUUAUGAAGAAUUAAAGGUCUGCCGGAGUUUACCAUGAAGAAAAGCCGGAGCGUGAUGACUGUCACAGCAGAAGAUAAUUUAACGGGUUACUCUGAUUGUUGUCUAAGCAAAUCAUACAGUUCCUACGGCUAUAACGCUGGAAUAGACCUCUGGAAAGGAAAGAAACUGUACUCGGGGACUCUACAGUUGCCACCCUUACACCAGCGGCAGUCAAGGAGAGCAAAAACACCCGAUUAUAUUCAUAGGCCAACAACAUUACCUUUGGCCCCGCCCCCGAGGAUCGCAGUUACUCCCGUAGAGAGAGUUGGUUUUGAUGUGGAAAAUGGCCCAGCGACAGGACGCAGCCCGCUGGACCCCCAGGCGAGCCCUGGCUCCGGACUUGUUCUCCACGCCAACUUCCCAAAUCACAACCAGCGCAGGGAAUCUUUUCUCUACAGAUCCGACAGCGACUAUGACCUGUCACCAAAGGCGAUGUCCCGGAAUUCCUCCGCCGCAAGCGAACAGCAUGGAGAUGAUUUGAUAGUAACACCCUUUGCACAGGUCUUGGCAAGCUUGCGGAGUGUGAGGAAUAAUUUUUCUGUACUGACCAAUGUCCACGGAGCACCAAAUAAGAGGUCGCCUAUGACCAGCCAGCCUCAGCUCACCAGAGUUAACAUACAAGAAGACUCCUACCAGAAACUGGCUAUGGACACCCUGGAAGAACUGGACUGGUGUCUGGACCAGUUAGAGACCAUCCAGACCUACAGAUCGGUCAGCGAGAUGGCAUCAAAUAAGUUCAAAAGAAUGCUAAAUCGGGAACUGACCCACCUUUCCGAGAUGAGCAGAUCUGGAAACCAAGUCUCUGAAUAUAUCUCCAGCACGUUUUUGGACAAGCAAAAUGAUGUGGAGAUCCCAUCCCCCACACAGAAAGACCGGGAGAAAAAGAAAAAGCAACUGAUGACUCAAAUUAGCGGCGUGAAGAAGUUAAUGCAUAGCUCGAGUCUCAACAACACGAGCAUGUCGCGAUUUGGGGUCAAAACCGAAAGCGAAGACCUGCUCUCUAAGGAGUUAGAAGAUCUUAAUAAAUGGGGUCUGAAUAUAUUCAAGGUCGCGGCGUAUUCCUGUAAUAGACCUCUGACCUGUAUCAUGUAUGCGAUAUUUCAGGAAAGAGAUUUAUUAAAGACCUUUAAAAUCCCGUCCGACACGCUGAUUACGUACACCAUGACGUUAGAAGACCACUACCACUCGGACGUAGCCUAUCACAACAGCCUGCACGCUGCCGACGUCACUCAGUCUACGCAUGUUCUCCUGUCCACCCCAGCCCUGGAUGCUGUCUUCACCGACUUGGAAAUCCUCGCCGCAAUAUUUGCAGCUGCGAUCCAUGACGUCGAUCACCCCGGCGUCUCCAAUCAGUUCCUUAUCAACACAAAUUCUGAACUUGCUCUCAUGUACAACGAUGAGUCGGUUCUGGAAAACCAUCACCUGGCUGUAGGGUUCAAGCUGCUGCAGGAAGAACAUUGUGACAUCUUCCAGAAUCUGACCAAGAAACAAAGACAGUCUCUCAGGAAAAUGGUGAUCGACAUGGUACUUGCAACCGAUAUGUCUAAACACAUGAGUCUCUUGGCUGACCUGAAGACCAUGGUGGAAACCAAGAAAGUGACCAGUUCUGGAGUUCUCCUCCUGGACAAUUACACGGACCGCAUACAGGUUCUCAGGAAUAUGGUGCACUGCGCGGACUUAAGCAACCCCACAAAGUCGCUGGAGCUGUACAGACAGUGGACGGAUCGGAUCAUGCAAGAAUUUUUCCAGCAAGGGGACAAGGAGAGGGAACGCGGCAUGGAGAUUAGCCCGAUGUGCGACAAACACACGGCGUCCGUGGAAAAAUCCCAGGUUGGCUUCAUCGAUUACAUCGUCCAUCCUUUGUGGGAAACCUGGGCAGAUUUAGUCCAACCCGACGCCCAAGACAUUCUGGACACGUUGGAGGACAAUAGAAACUGGUACCAAAGCAUGAUACCCCAGAGUCCUUCGCCUCUUCUGGACGAGCAGGACAAGGACUGUCAGGGUCUCUCGGAUAAGUUCCACUUUGAGCUGACGCUCGAGGAAGAGGAUUCCGAAGGACAGGAUAAAAACGGAGACUGUAUCAGUUAUUACAGCAGCACAAAAACGCUUCAUAUCGUCGACGCGGAAAUGGGCGACUCUCCCGAUGGGGACCUGGACCUUCUAACAGGAGAUACGUCUCCUCUGGGCACAUAGGACGCGUUUGAUAAUGGACUGAAAGCCUCAGUUCACCCUUGCAAGCUGUCGGUUUUAGACAAGCCUGUGGUCGGGAUACCGGGCUCCGAAAGGAACCGGCUGAUGGAGCUUCCUGCUGCUUGAGGUUUGGAGGACAGAGACAUUAAAGGUCCCACGAAUGCUCAGGAAACCAACAGAUGAUGAUGAUGACGGACAUAACUCAACAUUGUUUCCAGGGGAAAAAAAUACACUAUACAAACAUCUAUAUAUAAAUAUAUCCCCGAGGAGGAGGAAAAAAAAUACGUGUUCUGAGAAUCAAAAAAAAAUCAAAAACUUGAACAAUUUCUAAAAAUGACGACACAAAACUGAGAGAUUUUUUUUUUAUAUAUAUAGCGAGUUUUGUCCAGCUAGCUGCCAGGAAUUCUAAUAAUUAAUAUUAUUGUUGGGUUUGUGUUUAAAAUCCUGUCCGCCCUCGUGUGCCUUUUUUUGUAACACUCCCUUGUCUUUUAACCCACGAAGCGCCGGGACGGUAGGUGAACGCCGGAGUUGCCGGCGGCUCCCCGUCUCUGGCGCCGAGGGGGUUAAAUGUCUCGUAAUUACACAAUAUUUCGUGUAAAAGCUGAAAGAAAAGAAAAGAAACAAAAACCGAAUAAUCUUUUUACGUGUUUCUGAAGCGAAGCAGUCUUCCUUUCCUUAGGCAAUAUACGUAACUGUUGAAGUUAUUUAGUAAAUUCAGAAAUGGAAUUUUAACGGAGACGACCGAAUUCCCACCGCAUUCCAAAAAAAAAAAAUCAUUUUCCAGACGAUCCACGUCGCGUCAUUUCAUCUUCCACCAAAUAGCAAAGAUCUACAUUACGAUCUUUUGGUUCUCCAUCCUUAGGCUUUUAUAUCCAUACCUGGAAAACUUUCUAGACCAGCUGCCCCUGAGACGCUUAGAAAAUUAACCCUUUAAUAGCCCAUUGUGAAGAUUCUUACGUAGUGACUCGCCAAGUGUGUUACCCAAAUGGCCCUAAUUCCGGCCCUCGUGGAAACCUUGACUUGUCAUU